GCAGAUAGACAUGUACUUUCGCACGCUAUGGCGAGACGAGCGACUCAAGUCCACGUUCGAUUUCCUGGUGGCAGACAAUUCCUCGAACUACUACAUAGACGCACAAGAGUCGAAGCGUGAACUACCCUCUCGCCAUCACGAACGACCUCUAUCUAACACGUCCUCGGAGGAUGAUUCCGACCAUAAAGUGGAACUCGAUUCAGAUCUGCAGAAGAAAAAAGAGGCGGAGGGACAGAAGUUGGCAGAUGCGAGAGAAGAGAUCCCUGAACUGGUCACUUUGGGCCAGGAGUACGCGGAGGCCAUCUGGACUCCGGACAUCUACUUCCCAGAUGCAGUCAACAUCGAGAGACCAGGAAAAGAUCUGAUUUCGGAUAGUAUGGUGUUGGCGCUGUACAAUGACUCAUCCCUGUUCCAGUCCAUGCGUCUGCAGAUGAAGAUCCGCUGCAAGCUAGCCCUCACCCUCUUCCCCAUGGACAUACAACACUGCGACAUAUGUCUAGAGAGCUACCAGUACCACACAGGUGAUCUGAAGUUGCGGUGGUGGGAGGGGAAGUUGGAGAUGGACAAGGAGAAGAUGAGGAAGUACGGCGUGGCCAACUUCCACAUAGACUACUCCUCAUUCGCCAACACCACCAUCACCGAGGACUUCGGAUUCGGCUUCAACUACACGACUCUGUGUGUGCAAGUGCGCUUGGUGCGCAAAUUGAGCAUCUUCCUCAUCACUAUGUACCUGCCCUCCAUCUCACUUGUAGCCCUUUCCUGGGUGGGGUUCUGGAUCGACAAGAGGGCAGUGCCGGCCAGAGCCUCACUCACCAUCACAACUAUUCUGGCUCAGAUUACACUCAUCACCGGAACUGCCAAUCAAUUUCCUGGAAUUGCAGACUUGAAAGUGGCCGAUUUGUAUCUAAUUGUCAACUUCUUUUUCGUCUUUGCGAGUUUGAUCGAGUUUGCACUUGUAUCCUAUGAACCUCCAGUGAAAACUAUGGCCAAAUCAUGGCUACAUUCCACACGCGAGAAACUCAAGACAAAAGCACCCGCUCAAAACGAAACCAAAGUUCAACUUUCUGAAAAAACAGCGAAUAAGUCUUCAAACUUUCCGAAACUGAUUCCAGAUUUGCACAAAUUACAAACAAGCAGUGAAAGAUCAGAAAUUAUGAGCCAAAAUGAUGAAACAGCCGCUGUUAAUGGCAACGAUAAUAAAUCAGCAAAAAUUAUGGGACAAGUUAAUGGAUAUUUAUCUUCUGGGCUUGGAGUUGAUCAUAACUUGAUAAAACCUCACUUGAAAAAGGAAUCCAUUAGCAGUGUGGAACGUUCCCCAAACAAGAAUGAAAACCCUCUAUCACUCCGACAAGCUAUGUUAAGACGUGAAAAAAUGUUCCAACAUCAAGACCGUCAAAGUAACUCAGAUUCACAUAACGAAUUCAGCGAUAAUGAAUUAGUCGUCUCCAACAAAAGUGCAACGAGAUUGCGAAAAUCGAGUGCUUCAAAAUCAAGAUCCGAGAAAAUAUCCCAGUCAAAAGAUGGGAUGGGUUUAUCGCUACGACCGCCGAAGUACGAGUCGGCAUCGAGCGCCUCGCCGUUUCUGGCAUCCGCAGUUUCCGUCGAAGAUAGAUCGCCUUCGCUGUCGAACAGAAUCGAAGGUCCUCUUAUCUAUUCGGGAAAUAUGAGCGACGAAUUCUUGGAAAUCAAAGAUUGUCCCGGUUUUCCUGGGCUGAAAAGGGAGUUAUACGCUUCAGCAGUGAAAAAUAGAAAUAUUUCGAAAGUGAACAAUUCAAGUCAACAAGCGCGUUUGGAUCCGUCGCCCUCUCUCAACAUGCAAAGGAAGCCGCUGGAAACUGUGAUCAAGAUGGACCAAUUGCCAAAGCAGAGUAUCAUGAACCAGAAUAGCAAAGUGGGAAAACCUAAGAAAAGGAAGUCGAGCUCACUGGAAAAACAAGAAACAAUCGAGACGUACCCACAGCAGAACUGCAUAUGCAGAGUACUGAAGAAACUUCUUCCCUGUUUCCGCCCCCUGUUCGAGUAUUUCCAAUCCGACCAAUUUUCUAAAGACAACGCCGACAGUGUGUCCAAGUGGCUCUUUCCCGCAACAUUCCUUUUAUGGAAUAUUCUCUAUUUUUCCAUCACGCUUUCUUUGGCGGGGAGGCUGCAGUAUUGGUACAUAUGAAGAAAAAGCAGUUAAACAGCAAAAUUGAAACAAGACACCAAAAAUUAACAUAAAUUGAAUUUGUAGUUGUAUGGAUCUUUUCAAGUUUUCCACAUGAGCU